AUGCUGAAAGACCACGACGAUUUCGAAUACCUGAUUCUCGAUGGCGACCAGCUCCGUGAGCAUCCGUGCCAGGAAGCACUGCUCAAGCUGAUAAAUAAGGCUUUCUACGAGGGUGGUCAGGCAAUAUAUAGCGGCUCUCUGAGUCGUUUCGAGAGCCUGGAAGAGCUACUCAAUACAGUAGACGAUCAUGGAAGAUGCUGUGUCCUUUUUCGAAGGACUCCCGGACAAACAACGAAUGACUGGACCGAUCCUGUUGCCACGGCGAUGUUACGACCGUUUAGAGAGGCGAUUGUUGGGCUGCCACAUAUCAAACCCGAGCCCGUCGAUGCGUCUGGUGAUGUACUGACGGGCUACCACGAUGAUAUCAAGUCCGAAUAUUGUGAACAGCCUGUUCGAUGCAAGGGGAAUACGCAAGAUAUCUUGUCCAUUGCCAUGUGGGAACCGGUAUCCGUUGCUGUUAAACAUGACCCGAGCUUGCUCCACAGUGGGCUGGCCUCUCGCUGCCUUGCCCUUCUAGAGGCAGAUCUCUGCUCUCGGGUGAAUGAAGCGAAGCUAACUACACGCAGACAAGAGGCUGCUGGGGCUAAUCAUCCACAAUGUGAAGCUGGUCCCCUGACGAUGCGGCUGCGGGCAACUUGGGAGAUAAAUGGAGACUACUGGAGACGACGGGGCUUCACGCCGGUCGAGGUCCGCAGAGUCCCAGCAGGCGUAUGGGGUGCGAAAGUGCCUUUUCGCCUGAUGACUAUGACGAAGACGAUACACUGUUCAUCUGAUAGAAACGAUGCAUAG